AUGAUCUCAUCGGAUAUAAGCGAGCAGCUUCAUUAUCCCCGACCCCUCCAAGCACAACCCAACACCAAAAUGGCGACCUCAAUCCCCCUCUUCGCCAAAGCGCAGCUCGACCUCCUCCUCCUCGAGCACGAAGCCGAAGUCUCCACCUCCAAACUAGCCAGCACCGCCGCCUCCGUCUCCCCCGCAACCCGCCGCACCCUCCAAUCCACCGGCCACGCCCUGACCGGUCUCGUCCUCUCGCAAGUGCGAACUGGUCUAGGCGGACGAGUUGUCGGGGAGUUUGCGCCCGAUCCAGCUAUUGCGUCGGACGAGACGCGCGCAGCAGAUGGGACGCCUAGAUUGGGAUCACAUGGGAUUCGGGUCGGUGAUGUGGUUAGGGUGAAUGAUACGGGGAAAAAGAAGGAUACGAAAGACAAGAGCGAGGAUAAGGGUGCUGAGGGUGUUGUUACGCGGACUGGGGAUCGGGCGGUAUGGAUUGCGUUUGGGAAGCAGGGAUCUGGAGCGAAGAAGGAGGAUGAUGAGGCUGUUGAGGAGCUUUGGGGGAAGAAGCUGUGGGCUAUUAAGCUUGCUAAUGAUGUUACGUAUCGACGAAUGAGGCAAACGAUGGAGAAGAUGGAGAAGAUGGGAGAAGGUGACUAUUCGCAUUUUAUGCGGGUUGCGUUUGGUCAUACUACGCCGCUGCCGCGCUCUUCUGAGGAUGUGGAAUUCAUCGAUCCUUCCCUCAACGACUCGCAGAAAGAUGCUAUUCGCUUUGCGCUGGGGGCGCAGGAUAUUGCGCUCAUCCAUGGCCCGCCUGGGACUGGCAAGACGCAUACUUUGAUCGAGUUGAUUCUGCAGCUGGUACAGCGCAAGAAGAGGAUCCUCGUUUGCGGUCCGUCUAAUGUCUCGGUGGACAAUAUUGUCGAGCGUCUUGCGAAGACGAAGACUCCUGUUGUGCGCAUUGGACAUCCAGCUCGUCUCCUUCCCUCUGUCUUGGACCAUUCCCUUGAAGUCCUCACUCAGACAUCGGAUGCUGCAUUCGCAAAACACGGUCGGGGCGUGAACGCCGAGGCAUCUAUGAUGAGCUGA